AGAGCUGCAGCUGCUUCAAAGACCAAUCAGAAUCCUGCACAAGUUGAAGCACCUAAAGAAAUAAUAAAGCCUGUGCCUAUUGCAACUCCCGCUACACCCGCUGCAUCCAAAGUCACCACUUCAGCCAAUAUGACCUACAACAAAGCACCUAGACCAUUUGGAGCCCCAUCCUCUUUAAAAACCUGCUUCAAUCCCAUCACCAUCCUCUGCCUUUUCCCCAGCAUCUGCAACCCAGUCCUCCCCUCAGCCUUCUGCUUUAUCCCUGCUGUCUGCAGUCAACCCACCUCCCCCCACCACAUCUGGAGUGCAUGCCACUUAUAGAUCUGCCACAGAUGGCCAGUCACCUGCUUUAAGUGCA